GAACUGCUUCCCAGCCCUUAAAUGAGGCUCUUAUUGGUGUGAGAGUCCACAGGACAGCACAGAGUCAAGGCGGGUUUCUCUGGAGUCCUGCUCUGCUGAAAACCCAGGCAACUGCUACCACCUGUACAGCAACCAUGGGAUAUUGCACCGUGAUGCUUAUUUUAAGCACCACCUGUCUCAGGUUCGUGUAAACACACCACCAUUUGUUCUCUGUAUUGCCAAUAAAACAACCAGCCAAUGCUGAGAAAUAGAGAGAAUAAGGCAGAACAUCUGGUCUGGAAAGGAGGCGAAAAGAGGAGUGAGAGGAGGGACCAGGAAACAUCAGGAGAGAUGAACUGAACCUAAGAUAUGACUAAAAGCAAGUAUAAUUGAUGAAUCUCCUAGAAAUCUCAUCCGUAAGAGCUUGGAUCAGCUGAGAUGUCACUUUACGUGGGAGCUGGCUAUAGAAGAUGUAAACAUGCCUGAUUUGGAAAGAAGGGUCUCAGAGACCGAGUUCCCUUAUACCAAUGGCAGCACGGAGAUGCACAACCUCCUAGCCUUCAUCAGACACCUGAAAGGCCUUACCAAGGAAGCUCUGCAGAUCUUGAGAGAAGCUGAAGCCUCAAUCCAGACAGAGCAGGUGGGCAAGAGAAGCCUGGUGACCUGGGGCAACUGUGCCUGGGUGCAUUACCACAUGGGCAGCUUGGCAGAAGCCCAGACCUACCUGGCCAAGGUGGAGAAUGCUUGCAAGGAAUUUGGAAGUUGCUUUCCCUAUAGGAUGGAGUGUGCUGAGAUGGACUAUGAGGAAGGCUGGGCCUUGCUGAAGUGUGGAGGAAAGAAUUAUAAACGAGCCAUGGCCUGCUUUGCAAAGGCUGUAAAAGAGGAGCCUGAAAACCCUGAAUACAGCAUUGGCUAUGCAGUUGCAGCCUAUCGUCAGGAUCGUAAUGAGCCUAGUAUUUCUCUAGAACCUCUAAAGAAGGCUGUCAGGUUAAAUCCAGAAGAUCCAUACAUUAAAGUUCUCCUGGCCCUAAAGCUUCAGGAUUUGGAUAAACCAGAUGAAGCAAGAAUGUAUAUUGAAGAAGCUCUGGGCAGAAUAUCCUCCCAGCCCUAUAUCUUUGCAUAUGUGGGCAAAUUUUACCGAAGGAAAGGUUCUGUAGACAAAGCUCUUGAGUGCUUUGAACAAGCCUUGAAGGCAAAUCCUUUCUCUGCUUUCGUGCAUCACCAGAUUGGGCUUUGCCACAAGACACAACUGAUCCAAAUAAAGGAAGCUACAAACAUGCGACCCAGAGGGCAGGAUAGAGAAAGAGCAGACCAAGCCAUCCAUUUGGCUAAAUGCCAUUUUCAAAAGACUUUAAAACUGAAACCCACAUAUGAGAUGGCUUACAUUAAUCUGGCUGAAAUGUGCAUAGAAAGUAGCCAAUUUGAGGAGGCAGAGGAAAAUUUUCAGAAAGCGUUGAGCUUGAGGGAUCUUGAUGAUCAUAUACAGCAGGAAAUUCAUUUACGCUAUGGCCAAUUCCAACAAUUUUAUAACAAAUCAGAAGACAGGGCAAUCAGCCAUUACUUAAAAGGUCUGAAAAUAGAAGUGAGUUCCAUUUCCAGGAACAAGCUUCUCAAGGCCUUGGAAAAACUGGCUGAAAGACGCAUUCACCAGAAUGUUCGCAUUGUGGAAAGCAACAGUCUGCUUGGGUUUGUCUACAGACUGAAAGGGGAGAUGAGUAAGGCCCUGUUGUGCUAUGAGAAGGCGUUGAGGCUCACAAAAGCACUGAACCCCGAGUUUUAAAGCACAGCCCAUCCAGUGGCACUUUUAAGUGUCCGCAUGGCUCACCAUUCUAUCCUUUUAUAGCUGGGUACCCCAAAUAUAUAGAACCCAAUGGAACAAGUUGGAGAUGGCGACUUCUCUGUUUUCUGCCUUUCUACAGCUGUGCUUUUUUGUUGUGGAUCCAUGUGUCUGUGACAGGAGCUUCUAUUCUCCUACCACAUAUUGCUGCACUCACUGACAGGUUGGUUCCUGCUGUUCUGGACAACUGUGUGCUUCUGGACCAACAAGAACUAUUUUUUUUUAUGUGUGUGCCUUUGGAGUGCAUGACCAAUACCCUCAGUCUUCCAGAACCCUGAUCAAAAGUCUUUUGAUCAAGGAAGGCUUAGUUUUCAUGCUUCGGGAAUUUCUGGCCUUCAGCAAUAACUGAGAGCAAAAUAAAUGACCAAGGAUGGGCAUUAAAAAGGGAGGAAUUCAGGAUUUUCCUACAACAUUUCAGUCCAUACUUCCAUUCCCAUGGGCUCUAUUGUAACCAUAACAUGCUGGUCAGUGAACCCAACCUUAUAAUCAACCCAACUUUUUAUAUACAAAUGUCUGAUUCAGACAAUUGUGGUAGAUUUAUGUGGUCUAAAUACGUUGGCAUUUAUUUACAGCUAAGAAAACUUUCAAUGUAUUCAGGGAAAAUAGAGUAAAGGAAUAAUGUCUUUGGAAUGUGCAAACUAAAAAUGGCAUAAAUAGCUACAUGACAGUGUUUAAACUACUGAGAGUUGUGUGGUAUUAUCUUGUUAUUUUUCUAACCCUAUAGUAUUCAAUAAAAUCUGCCAAUAUCACAGCA